CAGCUGGUGGGCUCAGGUGGCUUUGUGGAUUGUAGAAGACCAGAAGCCAACCCUUUCGUUAAAAAUGACGACGACAAGUGUGACGAACAGCACACACCAGGCAGCAUAAUUCUGCCGGGAGCACUGAGUCUUUUGAGUACGCGAGAAUCGUGGGCACGAUUGCGCGACAGAGGCUACCAUGUUCCACAGGACGAACCCGCAGUGACGGACUCAACUUGUGACUUGGCACCAUGCCGAUUAAUAUGUGACCAAAGCUCUGAUUGUAAUUGUUCCCUUGAAUCAAUCUCCUGCGCCCAUCUAGAAGAGGAAGAAUCCGAAACCGCCAAGUCUGCCAAGGGUGAAGAAAAAGAGCCUCACAAAACAAAGAUGAGAGCUGUUAUCGGACGGCAGGGACCUACACGGGAUCUUGUGGUGAACGCCACCGUUUGUGAUUGUGUGCCGUACAUCCUGAUGGAUAUGGCGAUACGGACAGCUAGUUGGUUCGUUAUCAGUAGUGGCAAGACCUUGGACGCUCUAGCUGCCUGGCAUUGA